UCAUUGUCAUUUUCCUUGUAGUAGAGUAGAGUAGUCAUUUGUGUUUUUGUGUUAAUGACAGCAGUAUUUGUUGUGUUGUGCUUAAUUGUUCUUCGAACUGCUAUCAGGAAUUGAUUGUUAUUAAAUUGAUUGUUUUUUAAAUCUUGUCUUGUAUAAUUUAAUGAAAGUCGAGUUGUAUUAAGAAUGUCGUUUUUACGGGGGUCAUCCAAUUAUGUCUGGUGCACGACAAGUGUUUUGGGUAAAGGUGCAACAGGUGCUGUGUUUCAAGGAGUUAAUAAGCAUACAGGUGAAGCAGUUGCAGUUAAAACAUUUAAUCAAUUAAGUCACAUGAGACCUCAUGAAGUUCAAAUGAGAGAAUUUGAAGUCUUAAAGAAAGUUAAACAUGAAAACAUAGUCAAGCUGUUAGCUAUUGAAGAGGAACAAGAUGGAAAAGGGAAAGUAAUUGUCAUGGAGUUAUGCACUGGUGGUAGCCUUUUCAAUAUAUUAGACGACCCUGAAAAUAGUGAUGGCUUAAAUGAAGAUGAAUUUUUGUCUGUACUGGAGCAUCUAACUGCUGGAAUGAAACACUUGAGAGAUAAUAACCUGGUUCAUCGAGAUCUAAAACCUGGAAAUAUUAUGAAAUUUGUUGCAUUGGAUGGGAGCACAGUCUAUAAACUAACAGACUUUGGAGCUGCAAGGGAACUGGAAGAUGGUCAGCAGUUUGUUUCAUUGUAUGGAACAGAAGAGUAUUUGCACCCUGACAUGUAUGAGAGAGCUGUUCUGAGGAAGCCUGUAGGGAAAACGUUCGGCGCGACUGUUGACCUCUGGUCAAUAGGUGUUACGCUGUACCAUGUUGCAACAGGAAAUUUACCGUUUCGACCAUUUGGUGGCAGGCGUAAUAAAGAGACCAUGUAUUACAUUACAGCAAAAAAAGUGUCUGGAGUAAUUUCUGGAGUCCAAAACACCGAGAAUGGAGAAAUUAUUUGGUCCCGUGAGUUGCCGGAUUCGUGCCUGUUGAGUGUGGGUUUGAAAAAAAUUGUUACUCCUCUAUUCGCUGGUCUUCUUGGCGGAGAAAUGAACUUCGAUCGUUUUUUCCAAGAAGUGACGGCAAUUACUAACAGAAAACCAGUCCAUUUCUUCCACGUCAACAGUCUUCACUCCAUCAGAUUGUAUUUGCUACCAACCGACUGCUCAGAAGCUAGUAGGUUGAUUGAAGAACAAACUGGGAUGACUGUUUCAAGUCAGUUGAUUCUCUCUAAAACGUCUCAGUGGACAGACCAGGACAAAUUUCCACAAUCUAACCUCGAAAAUCCUUUAUUCAUUUUCAAUCGUGAAAACAAUAACAUUCUUUACUUGAAAGAGGUUGGAUCGCUUAAAUGCCCACCUUUUUCAUCUACUGUGUCUGUGGAAACAGAUGCCUCUAUUGCGAAGCAAUGCUGUAGUGUUGGUUAUGCGGUCCGGCGAAGAAUUGAAGAAGCCACCCGUUCUUAUACAUUGAUGCAUGCUUCGGUCGACGCUUUAACGAAUUGGUUAACCAAUCAGCUCCAGUCUCUUUCUCGUCAGAAUGUUCAUUGUGAAGAACAACUUUUUUCGUGGAAUAGACAAUUGCAUUUAUGGUCGAAAAUUCACGUUGUCACCAAAGACUUGUUUCGCCUUUUCCCUUAUGAUGAUAACAUCAGCUCAAAUUCUCUCGAAAAUAUUUUACAACUUGCCAGAUCGCAUUAUAACGAUGUAUCUAAUCAAAUGACGUCCAUUAGUCCUAGUGUGAAACAGUUAUGCCAGAGAGUAGUUCGAGAUGAAAGUCUAGCCAAAGAAUGGGCAAGCACCAAUCGUAGCUUUUCCGUAUUGAAUGGUAUUUGUGGUAAAUCAACAACGUACGUGACGCGCCUAAAAGAUUCUUGGCAACAUCUUCUACGUGAUAGAGCAGCAAGAGUUCUCACGUAUAAUGACGAGCAGUUCCACUUGCUAGAACGUAUAAAAAUGACAGAAACAUUCAAAAGUUUGGAAUCUCUUUUUACGGCCGAAUGCGUGCCUACAGUGACUAAUACUGCCGAUUUGUUAGCUGAUUGGUACAAAAUGGCUCAGGCUGUUGUGCUUCAAGCUGAAAUUCUAGCAAAGGAUGUGUCAGCAAUCGAUGCGCUUUGGGUUGACACGCUUAAAAAUCAAGAGCGAUUUCAAUUUUCCUAUUCGACUAAACUCCAUGAGCUUGUUGAGGCAAUAAAAAGACGGCAAAGUUUUCCGACAGGAGAAAUCCUAUCAUCAGCAGAACCUAGAAUGACUGUAGGAACUGCCGAUUGUAAAUACAAUAAAAACUUCAGUCAAGGAUUGAAAAAACUUCAAGCGAUCCAAGGUGACGUGUCUAAACUAGCUGAAGAAAAUUCACAUAUGCUUUCCAGAAUAGAGCGAUUGAUAGACGUCCAGAAACCCAAAUAAAACGAGGGUAUUAAACAAGCAGUUCAAUAAUUGCGACGGCGAAAUUCUUCCUGGAACAAUAUUCACACCUUAAGCAUCCAUAAUGCAGUACGUAAUUAUACGUUACAAUAUACUUAACAAUAUUUUGCCGCAAAUGAAUGGCCUUACACAAUUUUCAUUAAGUUUGGAUGUUAACAGAAAAAGCUAAUAGGUUAGGAUUAAAAGUAAAGAUUCCUAAAACUUAAAAACUACAUUAAAAGCUCAUGAUGGCGAAAAUCACCCCAACCCCGAUUCCCGCUCAAAUAAAAUGACAAAUGAUGUAAAAUCCAGCUAAUAUUUCAUUUCAAGAAUAAGUUUCUUCCCUUGAGCAUUUAUGUCAACUUCGAAGGGAAUCUUAUUUGUUACAUAGUUCAAAUAAU